GGCAAACAUUGUGAAACUAUGAUAGGUGAUGGCAGCCUGACAAGUGCGGAAGUUACCAUAUGGCUCAAGUACUAAUAGUGAGUCAGUCACAACGCUAAAUGAGUCAAACUGCUGAUUUAUGGCUUUUAAAAAAGGCAAAGAAGAAGCAGCUAAAAUUUCAUCUGGCAGCAAAAGUGACUGUCUACACUUGGACAAUGACACGAACACUCCUAUUGUGGGUCCUCAUCCUAAAUGCCUCGCUCAAGCCCUCAGAGAGCCAUGGUCCUGAGUUUGAAGAAGGGAAAGACUAUGAGGUGGUCCGACCUGUCAGACUUCACACAGUGAGAAAAAGACAAGCUGAGCACCUCAGACCUCAGACUAUUAAUUAUGCAAUGACCGUGGGAGGAAAAGGCAUUGAAAUGCAACUAGAAAAAAAUAAUGAAUUACUCACCAAAGACUACACUGAGACUUAUUACCAAGAAGAUGGGACUCGAGUCACCACAACACCAACAGAUAUUGAUUACUGCUACUAUCAUGGGAGGAUUGUGAAUGACAGUGAAUCAUCUGUUAGCAUCAGCACUUGUGAUGGACUCAGGGGUUACUUUAGAACAUCUGCCCAGAGGUACCUGAUAGAGCCUCUGUCUGGUGACGAUGAAGGAGAUCAUGCAGUGACGACAUUUAAUGAGAAGAACUUCACACCUGCAGUGUGUGGUGUCACCAACACCACCUGGAGUGAUGACUACGAACCACCAACAGGCCGCAGCCGCUCCAGAUCAGCGGGUAUUUCUAUUGUCCAGCAACAGAAAUACAUCAAGCUCUUCCUUGUUGCUGAUAACCGUGAGUAUGUGAAGAUGAAGAGAGAUCAGACCGUGCUGAGAAAGAGGAUAUUUGAAGUUGUCAACUUUGUCAACAUGGCAUACAAACCCCUGAGAACCUUCAUUGCUCUGGUGGGACUGGAGGUGUGGUCCAAUGGUGACUUGAUAACGGUGACACCCCCUGCUGGGGCCAACCUGGAUGCUUUCAGAACAUGGAGGAACACUGAGCUUGUGAAGAGGAAAAAACACGACAACGCACAUCUCAUCAGUGCUAUUGACUUUGAGGGAGCCACUGUGGGUCUGGCUUACAUUGGGACUCUCUGUUCGGGUCACUCUGUCGGGGUCGUACAGGAUCACAAUGACCGUGCAAUUGCAGUGGGAGCAACCCUGGCCCAUGAGAUGGGCCAUAACCUCGGCAUGGACCAUGACGACUCCAGUACUUGUGCUUGUUCUGGGGAUAGCUGCAUCAUGGCUGCAGCCCUCAGCUGGAACGUUCCUCGGACUUUCAGUAGCUGCAGCAGCAACCACUAUGAAAAAUACCUGACAAACCGCAACCCCAGCUGCCUGCUGGACAAACCAGACUACAAGGGUAUAGUGGCUCCUGCAGUGUGUGGGAAUGGUUUUAUGGAACAAGGAGAGCAGUGUGACUGUGGCACUGUGGAGGAGUGCACCAACCCAUGCUGCAACGCCACCACCUGCAUGUUGAAGGAGGGUUCGCAGUGUGGGGACGGCGAGUGUUGUGAAAACUGUCAGAUUUCGCCUCGCUCCAGAGAGUGUCGCAGAAAGCAGGAUGACUGUGAUCUGGCAGAGUUCUGUGAUGGGAACAGCGCCACCUGUCCUGAGGACGUGUUUGCUGUGAACGGGCUCCCGUGUGCUGGAGGUCUGGGUUACUGUUACAAUGGUCAGUGUCCACAGAGGCCAGACCAGUGUGUCAAGAUGUAUGGAUCAGGUGCUGUUGAGGCCCGCGCGUCCUGCUAUGACCAGAACAAGAGAGGAGUCUACUACGGCUUCUGCAGACGUCCAUCAAAGGAGCAGUACAUACCCUGUCAGCAACAAGAUGUGUUUUGUGGAAAGCUCUUCUGCCACAAUGGCAAUGAAAACCCAAACUACGGCCGCAUGGUCAGAGUGGGAGACUGCAAGGCGGCUUUCUUUGAAGACUACACUAAAGACUACGGCCAGGUGGACACAGGGACGAGAUGUGGAGAUGGAAAGGUGUGCAGCCAGAAUCAGUGUGUGACUCUUGAGACGGCUUACCGAAACAUUAACUGCUCCGCUAAAUGCCCAGGCCAUGCUGUCUGUAAUCAUAGAAGUGAGUGUCAGUGUGAGCCUGGCUGGAUGCCUCCUUACUGUGAUUCAAAGGAUGGGUCUUUCAGUUCUCUUUCUAUGGGAGCAACUGUUGCCGUCACAGUAACAGUUAUAUUAGUGCUUCUGGGUGCCAUUGCUGCUGCGGUGGGGAUAAUCUGGAAGAAACGACAGAGUCCCCUCUUGCCAACAACACAGACACAGAGGAAGCCUGUCGUGAGCAGCUGUGCUCGCCACCUGAACAAAGUGCCAAAUCAGCCCAGGCCAGUCAGACAGGCUAGAAGGCCAAAACCCAAAGGAGCUCCACCUCCACCACCCCCUGCAGGAAACAGACCCAAACCUCCGAGUCAGAACUACAUAGCUGCACGACAGGCUCUGAGGCCGGUACCUCCACCAAAGGUCUGAUGUCUAACACAGUGCCAAAUAUAAGCGAAUCACUGGAUGCAUACCUUUGUCCUCUGUCUUCUGCUGCUGGAAAACCAGAGAAGCAAACAUUUAGCAGUUCUUUACUGCAGUGCUGAAACACCAAGAGAGACAUACAUCCAGCAGGAGGGAGAGACUGGACUCUAAUUAUUACUGGAAUGCCAUGCACUGAGGACUUCAAUGCAGAGAUUCACUUUAAGUUAUAUAAUUCACUUUUUACACUGUAAAGUUAGAGUUGGUAGUGAUAUCUUUUAUUUUGUCACAGUAAUGGUCUGACUGUAUCAAGCUUAUCGAGUAUAUUAGCAUCUUCCUGAUAUUUUACAGUUAUUUUUUUUAGAAUCUUGAGAAAUAUCCCAAACUGCUCUAACGAGUGUGAUGGACAAAAAUUUCUGGUACUGAAGGGCAUUGAAGUGCAAUGUAAUAGAAAUGCUAACUCAAAGACUGCAAUUACCCUGCCAUUCACAAGUUCUGUCAAACGCUAUAUGUCUGCUUUUUGGUUAAGUCUCAAGGCAAGCCUUCUUGAAAAUACAUAUAUAUAU